AUGGAUGUAUUUCGAAAGCUCGCCGGUGGCGGUGUGAGCUUUGACAAGAAGCGCUUCGAGAGCGAUGUCAAGAUCUUUGGCGCGGCGGACGAACCGAUGGCGUCGGGCUCGGCGAGCAAACACAAGCGGAAACGCAGCGAGCCCAAGGCCGAGACGCAGGCGGCCAAGAAGGAUGCAGCCAAGGUGAUUGUCCCAGACGGUCUGGACUUUUUCGGUUCGGCAGCCAAGGCGAAGGCGACGGUGUCGGCUGUGGAGAGGGAGGAGAGGCAGAGCCGGCGCGAUGGGAAGCAGAAAGAGGAGUCCGAUUCGGAGGAGGAGAGCGACUCGAGCAGCGAGGAGGAGGAAGAGGCGGUGACCAAGGCGACGCUCAGCACGUUUCUCAAGCGCAAUCGCAUCAAGCUCAAGGGCACGGAUGUGCCGCUGCCCAUGGCGUCGUGGGCGGAGCUCGAGUCGCGCUUCGGCGUGGCGCCGUGGCUGCGCACCAACCUGGACAAGUGGGGAUGGGGUGUGCCCACCGCCAUCCAGAAGGGCGCCAUGCCGGUGCUGCUUGCGAACCGUGAUCUGCUCGCGGGAGCACCGACGGGAUCGGGAAAGACGCUCGCGUUUCUGCUGCCACUGCUGCACCACCUCCGCGCGCCGGCCAAGGAGGGUUUCAGGGCGGUGAUCGUGUCGCCGACGCGCGAGCUGGCACAGCAGAUCCACGACCAGAUGCGAAGGCUGUGCGAGGGGCGCAACUUCCGCAUCUGCGUGCUCACCAAGCCGGCGGAUGCGGGUGCGAUGAAUGCGGACCCGAGCAAGCGCAAGAAGUUCGACAUGCUCAUCACAACCCCGUUGCGCCUGGUGCAUGCAGUGGAGAAGGAAGAGGUGGAUCUUGGCAACGUGCGCCAUCUGGUGUUGGAUGAGGCGGAUAGGCUGAUGGAGGAUGGAUUCUUGGAGCAGACGGAUGCGAUUCUGGCGGCGUGUUCGCAUCCUGAGCUGCGCAAGGCGCUGUUUUCGGCCACGCUGCCUGCGGGCGUCGAGGAGAUGGCCAAGACGUUCAUGGUGGACGAAUGCCGAGUCAUUGUAGGCACCAAGGACAGUGCGACCGAGACGAUCCAGCAGGAACUCCAAUUUGUCGGAUCGGAAGAUGGCAAGUUGCAUGCUUUGCGGUCACUGAUGCAGGCGGGAGGACUCAAGCCGCCGGUGCUGCUGUUCGUGCAGUCGAUCGAACGCGCCAAAGACCUGUUCCACGAACUCGUCUACGACGGCCUCCACGUCGACGUCAUCCACUCGGAACGACCCAAGCUUCAGCGCGAGGGAGUCAUCAGCGCGUUCAAGCGCGGCGAUGUAUGGGUGCUCAUCUGCACCGAACUCAUCGCCCGAGGCAUCGACUUUAAAGGCGUCCAGCUGGUGAUCAACUACGAUUUCCCACAGAGCGUGCAGUCGUACAUCCACCGCAUCGGACGGACUGGCCGUGCGGGGCGGGCGGGGAGGGCCAUCACGUACUUCACCAAGGACGAUGCGGCGUAUCUCAAGACGGUGGUGAAUGUCAUGCGUCAGAGCGGCUGCGACGUGCCCGAGUGGAUGCUCAAACUCAAGGCGCCCAACAAGAAGGAGCGCAAGAAACUCAAGGCCAAGGCACCCGAGCGGAAGGAUAUCAGGACCGUCGCCGCCUCGAGCAUUGGGCGUAGACAGGCGAAUAGGCGCAAGGAUAUGAUCGCCGCUUCCAAGCGCAGAAAGACCGAGGCGCAGGCUGGUGCCGGUGCGGAAAAGUCGACGUAA